AUGGCCAGUCUUCAGUUCCACGGCAACGUUAAUGCGGACAUAAGGUAUGAGAUUGGCCUGGAUCCGGCAAGGGAAUCGAAUUUAUUCCGCCUGCUGAUGAGUCUGCAGUUGGCGAUGGGCAUGAAGCCAUCGCCCAGGUUACCCAAGUGGUGGCCAAAAUGGUUACAACUGGCCGGAAAGCUCUUGGCCAAAGCAUAUUGUUCCAUUGUGAUAUUUACGUCGCUGCAUUUGGGAGUCCUGUUUACGAAGACCACACUGGAUGUCCUGCCGACGGGGGAGCUGCAGGCCAUUACCGAUGCCCUCACCAUGACAAUUAUAUAUUUUUUCACGGGCUAUGGGACCAUCUACUGGUGUUUGCGCUCCCGGCGGCUUUUGGCCUACAUGGAGCACAUCAACCGCGACUAUCGCCAUCAUUCACUGGCCGGGGUGACCUUUGUCAGCAGCCAUGCGUCCUUCAGGAAGUCCAGGAACUUCACGGCCGUGUGGAUGAUGGCCUGCCUGCUGGGCGUGAUCUCCUGGGGCGUUUCGCCAUUGAUGCUGGGCAUCCGGAUGCUGCCGCUACAAUGUUGGUACCCCUUCGACGCCCUGGCCCCCGUGACAUAUUCGGCGGUGUAUGCCACCCAGCUUUUUGGCCAGGUCCUCGUGGGCGUGACCUUUUGCUUCGGGGGAUCGCUGUUCGUCACCCUCAGCCUGCUGCUGCUGGGCCAGUUCGAUGUGCUCUUCUGCAGUCUGAAGAACUUGGAUGCCCACGCCAAGUUGUUGUCCGGGGAGUCUGUAAAUAGCCUGAGUUCGCUGCAAAACGAGCUGUUGCUGGAGGACUCGACCAGGGAGCUAAAUCAAUAUGCCGUGCUUCAGGAACAUCCAACUGAUCUGCUGAUGAUGUGCUCAAGUCGCAAAAAUCCUGGCCAGGGGAAUGUGUUCCACAGUGCCCUGGUGGAGUGCGUCCGCCUGCACCGCUUUAUUCUGCACUGUUCCGUUGAGCUGGAGAACCUGUUUAGCCCAUAUUGCCUGGUGAAGUCCCUGCAAAUUACCUUCCAGCUCUGCCUGCUGGUCUUUGUGGGCGUGUCGGGGACUCGCGAGGUCCUGCGGAUUGUCAACCAGUUGCAGUACCUGGGACUGACCCUCUUCGAGCUCUUGAUGUUUACCUAUUGCGGCGAGUUGCUGAGCCGACAUAGCAUUCGAUCCGGAGACGCUUUUUGGCGGGGGGCGUGGUGGAAGCACGCCCACCUCAUCCCCCAGGAUAUCCUCAUCUUCCUGGUCAACAGUCGACGGGCUGUCCACGUGACCGCCGGCAAGUUCUACGUGAUGGAUGUGAAUCGGCUGAGAUCGGUUAUAACGCAGGCUUUCAGCUUCCUGACUUUGCUGCAAAAACUGGCUGCCAAGAAGGCCGAACCGAAUUUCUAA